AUGGCCACGCGUGAAGCAGGCUUCGGGGGAGGGGGGGGCGAGGAAGCAGUUGCUGGUGCAGCAGUGGACGGGGGGGAAGUGCCAGUAGGAGUGACAGUGGGAAGAGGCGGGUCGGGGGACGAGGGGCGGAGGGUGGUGGGGGCGGGAGCUGCGGGCGCGGAGGAAGGGGACGGAGCGGUAGUAGAUGGGGCGAUCCCAAGGGUGCUGACAGUGGAAAA